GGGCAAAAAGAGAAAGAAGAAAUCGCGAUUCUGUGACCUCCAUUGUCGACGAUUUACAAACCCUAAAAAAUUCAAUCUUUCUCUCAAAUCAAAUUCACGCGGGAAAUCGAAGUCCAAUAAGCUUACCCUACCCGGUUUUUUAUAUAUAUAGUUUAGCUGAUAAGAGGUUUUUCCUGGGCUCUAGGGUGAAGGUUGCGAUUCGAGAGAUCUUAUCAGCCUUGUGAAACGUUUAAUCAUGGUAUAGCUGUUUUUUUUUUGUGAAAUCAAGAUAUGGAAUCAGAAAGCGCCAAGUUUGGAGGUCCAAGAGAACUGGGUGGUGCACGUGAUCUUAUAACUCAAUACAAGCUCCUGCCACACCAUGACUUCUUUUGCAAGAGAUCACUUCCCGAGUCACUUUCAGAUGCUCACUACCUUCACAAUGUGGUGGGGGACACAGAUAUUAGAAAGGGAGAAGGAAUGCAGCUGGAUCAGCUUAUUCCUAAUGGGUCGCAUAACCGAGAUGGAAACGCUCGCAUCCAACCUUUUGUUCUGGAUGAACUUAAAGAGGCUUUUGAGAUCAAUGAUACAUCUCCUGUUGAAUUGCCUCCUGCAGAGAAGGGUGCUCUUACCAUUGCGUCAAAAUCAAAAAGCGAGUCAAAAGAUAGGGACAGGAAGCACAAAAAACACAAGGAUAGGAACAAGGAUAAAGAUAGGGAACACAAGAAGCACAAGCACAGACAUAAAGAUAGGAGCAAAGAUAAGGAUAAAGACAAGGAUCGCGAUAAAAAGAAGGAAAGAAGUGGGCACCAUGAUAAGAAAAGGAAGCACAAUGGGAAUGAAGAUAUUGAUGACGCUCAGAGACACAAAAAGAGCAAGCAUAAGAGUUCGAAGGUUGACGAGCGAUAAAGUUUGGAGGCUGAAGCGGUGGAGACACUCAGUUUUUGUAUUACACAUCCAAGUAGGUGGAGCGGUUUAGAAGCAGCUACCGUAUUUCACUGUUGAAAACUUUGUUAGGCAAGUGUCCAUGUCAGUCCCAUCACUAGAUAAUGAUGUCUUAGUGACUGAUGUACUGAAUGCUUCUGAUCUCGGCAUUGGAACUCUAUUUUUUUAAUUUGUCAGAUAUACAAUGAUCAUAUAUUACUUAA